GCGGGGCGUGCAGUGCGGUGAGCCGCGUGCCAGGGUUCUCCGAAGAAGCGCUUUGCACAGCGCAAGUAACGCCUUCCUCGCCCAGCCUGUAUCCCACCCGACCGCGUCAGCGGCUUCAUCCGGUGCCCAGCCGCUCCACUCUAUUGCUAGGUGACCAGUCCCGAUGCCCAUCGCGCCGAUGAUGGCCCCGUAGAAGAUUCCUGAAGCGUCUCCAAGAAGCAUCCCAGAGGUCAUCUUCUGAAGCGCAUCCGCUGUCAGCUGCCGACGCAUUUCUGCGCCCGGAAAUCGACCGGUCCUUUCAACACGCACCCUGAACGAGCUUCAAGCAUGUCCUCCAGCGCCUAUUAGUUAGCCAGCCUCGCCUCCCGCGACCGCCUAGGGCGACGGAGAGAUCGUCUCGUCGACGUCGCCACAGGCAACAGCAGUGAAAUCCACCUCCCGUCUUCGAGGACAUCUUCGAGGUUUGCCGCGGUACAGCCAGAGCCGGAACACCCCUUGCCAGCCAUGGCCGUCAGCCCUACGGCGAUGUCCAAGAAGGUGGUGGUGAAGGCCACCGACAUACCCGAGCACAUGCAGCAGGAGGCCAUCAGUGUCGCCAUGGCGGCCAUCGAGAAGCACAAGAUCCUGCGCGACGUGGCCGCGUUCAUCAAGACCGAGUUCGACCGCAAGUUCGGCCCCACCUGGCACUGCGUUGUGGGCCGCUCGUUCGGCUCCUACGUCACCUACGAGACCAAGCGCUUCACGUACUUCUACGUGGGCCACAUCGCCGUGCUGCUUUUCAAGGCCGGCUGAACCGAAGACACGGGCAGUGACUUCCCGCACCGCGACGCACAAGGAACUCGGAUAUGCCCGCCGGCAUUGAACUGAAUGAAGGUGAUUCUUUUCAAAGCCGGCUUAAAGAGCGCUUGACUGUCUACUUCGCGACAGUGGUGAACAUAAAAAAAAUGUCUGCGCGCGGUGAAUGAAGUACCUGCUUUUCGCCAUCCUGCUUAGUUGAACCUUCCUUUUGUGUCCCACUUGCUUCUUCUCCUGUGCGCUCUCGUGUCUUUCAAAUACAUAUA